CUGGGCAGGAACAGGAGUGCAGAGCGCUGGCCUGGGCGUCGCAGAGGUGGUGCCUCCCAGGCCCGGGACGGUGGUCCUGGGCGUAGACAGCAUGACGGACUCGGUGACGGCUAACGGGGACGACAGGGACCCCGAGAUCGAGCUCUUCGUGAAGGCUGGAAUUGAUGGAGAGAGCAUCGGCAACUGUCCUUUCUCUCAGCGUCUCUUUAUGAUCCUCUGGCUGAAAGGAGUUGUGUUCAAUGUCACCACUGUGGAUCUGAAAAGGAAGCCAGCCGACCUGCACAACCUAGCCCCUGGGACCCAUCCACCUUUCCUGACCUUCAACGGCGACGUGAAGACAGACGUCAAUAAGAUCGAGGAGUUCUUGGAGGAGACCUUGGCCCCUGAAAAGUACCCCAGACUGGCUGCGAAACAUCGGGAGUCUAACACAGCAGGCAUCGACAUCUUCUCCAAGUUCUCUGCCUACAUCAAAAACACAAAGCAGCAGAACAAUGCCGCCCUUGAGAGAGGCCUGACCAAGGCACUGAAGAAACUGGAUGACUACCUGAACACCCCUUUGCCAGAGGAGAUAGAUGCCAAUACCUGUGAGGACGAUGACAAGGGGUCCCGUCGAAGGUUCCUGGACGGGGAUGAGCUGACACUGGCCGACUGCAAUCUGUUGCCUAAACUCCAUGUGGUCAAGAUUGUAGCCAAGAAAUAUCGCAACUACAAUAUCCCAGCUGAGAUGACAGGCCUGUGGCGGUACCUCAAGAAUGCCUAUGCCCGGGAUGAGUUCACCAACACCUGUGCAGCUGACCACGAGAUUGAGAUGGCUUACGCAGAUGUCGCCAAGCGCCUCAGCCAAUCCUGAGCAUAGCCGUCAUACCCCGUAACUGCUCAGGAGAAUUCAAUCUCUCCAAAGGACUCCAGCUUCACGGCCUCCUCUUCCACAUUGCCCCCGGGAAUGUUUUUUAUCACGGCCACAUCUUGCUGACAUCACAGGAACUCCACCCUACCCUCUUACCAAAGUCAACACCCUCCCCUGCUUCAUCACACAAGAACUGGCCAGCAGAAACAAUAGAGACAAGACAGUCAACCUCUCAGCCUGCCAGCCUGACCUGGGUUCACUGUAUUUGGGGUCAGUGUUGGAAAAGCCACAUUUCCAACAAUUGUCACUGGCCCCUUCUGCAGUACCAAAAUAUCUGCUGAGAUGAAUUAGAAAAAUACAACACCGGCAACUCUUCCACCCUCCUUCUUGUCAGUAGCCCCAAUGGCCAAGGACAAAUGCCAUCUUCCUUCGUGUUAGAAAGAGUUCUGCUGCCCUGGUAGGGGAGACAGAGGAAGUGAAUGGAAGAGGCCCAAGCUGGCUGUGGAUUUUGGCAUCUGGCAAACACACCUUCAGCUGCUACUUUCUGACACACCUGGCAUUGGGCACUGAUAGCAAGAUGGAAAAAUCAUUCCAGACACUCCAUUCUUAAUUUGUUGGAGUGAUGGGUGUGUUGCAAUGCUGCUGCACACACGGCAGACACUGAUCCUGGUUUGCGUGCCAAUCCAGACCUUACCAGGAAAGGAAAUUAGCAUGCAGUUUCAAACUGGGAUGCCUGGAAAGGGGAGGGUAGGGGGAGCAGUGUCGGUGCCAAAAGGCCCACAGGGUCUACCAACCAUGGUUUUCUUGCUUAGUGGUAGUUGUUUCAUUGGAAAUGACAUGCUUGGGUUUGACUAUGUUUAUCAAUGAGUGGCUUUUUUUUCUUUUUUUUUCCUGUCUGUGAGAAAGCAUAUGGGAAUAGGAGGUGGAAGGUUGGGUGAAAAUAAGGAAGUUCUUUAUGAUGCCUGGUGUUUCCUGGGAAUCUUCUAGAUAGGUCUUCUCUCUCAUGAUCUAAGUCUUGGACUGAUGACGUCAUGUAACUACCAACCUUAUAGCAAAACCCAAGAAUUAGCCAAAAAUUUCUUUUCCAAUCUUUCCAAGUUUCUCCAGGUUGCGGAUCUGCUAGCUGGGUGCUCUCAGGCAGCAGCUCCUGACUGAUUCCGCUGCACCUCUGAUGGCUGAGAGAUACAUUCAGUAGGUGGCAUGAUCAUGGGUUACCUUAAGAUGAAAGUCCAUUGGCCUUUCUGACUGGGGAGCCAUGCAAUUUGAACUCAAAGAAAAAUGCACACCUACGUAGAUUAUUUUUUCCAACCUUCAGAUUCAACUGCUAUAUUUUUAGCUAAUAUUUCACUCCUUAGUCAUUCUCCUUGAGUUUCACCUCCUUAAAAGCUUACUGGGUCUGAGCAUAGGGACCUGUGCAAAGAAAACUAAGAAAAAUGAACUAAUCAUCAACUCCCUCUCUCAGUGAACGCCCUGUGAGGAAAUCCAUCUGCCACAGGCCCUCACCUUUAACAAUCCUUCCUUCUAUGUUGCUUGUUGGUCCAGGGCGAGGGCCCAGAGUGUUGGAAAGCCCCUGGACUUGGCUCAUUUCUCAGCGAGGGCAGGACUGCACGGGUCCUUUCCAUAGAAACAUCAACAAAUUUUAACCCCAGGAAUCCCUGGACUUACCUGCCUCAUGGGAUCUCUGAAGAAAAAAAGUGACCCAUUGAUGAGAACAGAGUGAAAGUGGGAGGUCUCCUUUAGCACACUGAGGAAGAGGAAACUUCUCAGUAGGACAUGCUAUAAGCCUUUUCAAAGGCAGAAUGAGUUGAUUCAUAUCCCUGUCUAAAGGCACCUUUCCAUGGAAACCCAGUCCCUCAAGAUGUGGAGAAAGGGAAACUGGUGAGGAAACAGUCCUUUUUACUGUAGGAAAAAGCCCCUAACUUGUCUCUGAGGGAGAGAGAAGGGUGUGAAGGCUUGAAAGGUCCCGAAGGCCUUUUAAUUACUGGUGUGAAAUCCUGUUGCUCUCAGAAAUCCUUCCGUCAACUUCCAUGACCUAAGAGGCAGUUUACUUUCCACAGAGCCACAGUUGCCUGUUCCAGAAACACUUCUGUGAAGCACAACCAACCGUGACAGAAAAAAAUGGGAAGGAAGUGCCAGGCGGAGCAACUCCACCCUGAGGGGGAUUAGUGGGAUACUAAUAACUCUGAUAGUCAGAAUUCAGCAAUUGGCAAUUCUUAAAAAAAAAAAGCCAAACCAAAUCAAUAUUGCUGUUUGCAGUUGUUCCUUCUGAGGUUGUGUUAGUUCUUACACAAAUAACGAUAUUAAGGAGCUGGUGAGCUGAUAAUCAAGAUAUGACCAAUUAUAACCAUUUAAAAGAAGGUUACAUGAUAAAUUAUAACCAUAUGAAAGGAAGGCACUUGUGGGUACUCAAAUCAGAAAUACCUUUUUAUUUAAACAGUAGAUUAUUAAAUAAUGCAACUGACUACUGACUUAGAAUUAUAAUACCUUAAGACCAUGUUUAAAAUAGUAAUUUAAAAACAGCAAUAAUUUAGUAACUUUAUCCUUUGAUGUUUUUUCCCCCCCAGAGGAGAUUUUUCUCAAAGUUCUUCAGCCUUUUCUGAGGUUGGUGAUAAGUGUAUCACAAGCACAUCAAACCAUCUCCCAAAAAGUGUGACGAGGUCCUUUUGUGUCCCAAGAACCAACCCAGGAAAUAUCGAAGGGUUUGCUGCAGAGUUUUAGGACAGGAGCUAAGACUUGAACUUGGUCCUGAAAGAAUAUUGAUUCCUCAGAAAGCAUUUCGGUGGCGCAGGGAAGGGGAUUUAUUUGUGUUGAGAUCCUGUUUUAUUUUGUAUUGACUUUCAUGUCACAAUUUUUUGUGAGAUGGGUUAGUCAGAGGCAGAGGCUGGAGCAAGAUUCAGACUCGGAAUUACUGAGUUGAAUUUGCCCAUCAAAUCAGGGCUGCAUAUUGGGUAAGAUAUUGGGUAAGAUUUUGAUAGCUGUAGAAGAUGAGCUGAGUAAUAAAAUCUUGAUUGAUCAAGGGCAUCUUUCCUUCUGUUGGAAGCCUUCCUCUCCUGACAAAGGAAGUCAAAUGCCUAACAGUUCAGAAUCACAGGCACAAGCCUAUUUGCUUUUAAAUGGGGG